AUAUACUCUCAAUUGACAUCAUCAACAACCAAUUGCAAACCCACUACCACCUCCACAACCACCACAGUCAAUCCCUCCCACACCGCCACAACCAUGGAGUCCAUCCGCGCCUCCCCCCUUCUCACUCCAAUCAUCGCCCUCAACGCCUGGACCCUCGUCGUCGAAGGCUGGAUGUUCGCGACGCGCCUCCCCGUAUUCACGCGCCUCAACAUCGCCGAGAAGAACACCCUCACGCGCGAGGAGAUCAACAAGAUGACCCCCCCAUCCGUGCGCUGGAAGGCCGACAACUUCUCGAAUUUGUUCGAGCAGCCCACGCAGUUCUACGCCGUGGCUGUGGUGCUGGCGAUCGCAGGUGGCGGGAAGACUGAUGCCCGGCUCGCGUGGGCGUAUGUCGCGGCUAGGGUCGCGCAUAGUCUGGCGCAUAACACUACCAAUAAUAUUACGAGGCGCUUUGGGUUUUAUUUGAUUUCGUCAGGGCUGGUGGCUGUUUUGACGGGGAGAGCGGCGAUGUUGCUGGCGGCUUGAAGAGGGGGGGGAUUGGGCCCGAGGUGGGGGAGAGGAGGUUCGUCUUUGUGACAUGGUAUGGCUGUGCCAUGGACCUCAUUUAUUUAUGUAUUCAAUGUUCCCUAUUUUCGACGCUCCAAAGCUUGAGGGGGACCAUAGAUCUUGAGACCACGGUUUCUAUAUCAAUUCUGCAUUACAGUGAUAUCAGCCAAAAUUGGCCUACCUGCCAAACCAUUCCGUUUCCGUGCUUUUCGUCAUCGCAACGGCUAACAGAUCCUCAGAGGCCAGCUUAGGCGCCUUAAACUAGAGACGCGAAGAAUAGAGAACUUGAAGACAUGAUGAUGAUGAUGAUGAUGACGAUAUUUAUUUGCGUCCUACGGGACGCGGGUGAAACCUGCGGCCCUAGAAACCUCCCGAAGGGUAUGGGGACGUGCUAUGCUAGGGAAUUAUGUAUGCUAUAUAUGACCUGUAGAAAGCAUUUCUUGCGUAGGCUGUAUAGCUAUAGGGCCUAUUAGUUGAGUGCCUUCCCUACUGUUUAGGAUAGCAUUAGAUAUGUUAGUAGAGGCUAUUACCUUAAUAGUUCUCCUAAAAGGGUG